CGUAGUAAAAUGGAAGGUAAAAGAGACCUGAGAGAGACAGCUUCUUUGUACGGCACGGUUUCUUCGCUAAAUUCUUCCGCUUUGUGCCAUCCACCGAAACUCGCUUUCAAAGCUUACUAUUUCUUCUUCUACGCCGCCAUUGGAAGCUCCUUUCCGUAUUUAAUGUUGUUCUUCAAACAAUUGGGACUGAACGCUGCACAGGCUGGAAUUCUAAGCGGGGUAAAAUUGUUUUCUGAAGCUAUCGGAGGGCCUUUGUGGGGAACAAUUGGAGAAAAAUUUAGAAUUCGAAAGAUUAUUUUGUUCGCGUCUCUCGUGUCAUUUUCAUCAGGGAUUUUAUUGUUUAUGCCUUUCCCACCGAGAAAUCAAGAAUGUAUCGAGACGAGAGCGAACGCUACAGAGAUCAGAAUACCACUGAGUUUUACCACAGGACAAAUGAGAUAUGAAGAAGAGAGCAUGGCAGAUGGCGGGUAUUUCAACUACACAGGUCAAACGAAUUACACGCGUCGAAUCGACGAAACCGAGAUGUCUAAAAUAUUUACAACUUUUUUAAUCAUAACUAUUAGCAGUCAAAUCGUCGGCUCGGUAGUUUUCAAUAUGCCUGAUGCCUUGGUAGUGGGUUACCUCCAAGGUGGUAUCAGUACGUUCGGAUAUUAUCGGGUAUGGGGCGAAGUUGGAGUCGCUACUGGUUCGUUCGUUGUCGGAGGUGUCAUCAACUUUUACCAGUUGGAAGUAUGCGGCGAGAUCGCGAAAAAGUACUUCAUUUCAUUUUAUUUCUUUGCUGGGUUUUUUCUGCUUGCAAUGUUUAACCUUAUUUUCCUUAAAGCAACGUAUCCAGAAAGGGACGCUAAUGAUUCGAACUUGUGGCUUUUAGUAAAAGAACUUAUGCGCCUUCAAAAUGCCAUGUUCAUGGUUGUGGCUUGCUUCCUAGGCAUUCUUGUGGGUAUGCACGAGUAUUUUGGUCUUUGGUACUUAGAUGACCUGGGAGCACAACCUUACAUG